UCUUACGAAUACCAAUGUAAAAUGAAUUUUGUUAGCACUCUGUUAGUAUUAACUAGUACUAUUUUAGUAAUGUUUUGUACAAAAUGUGGAUCUUAUUUCACCUUACCGUUUUCGUAUGGAGCUCACAAAAUCUAUUCUGGAGCAGAAUUUGUGAAAUGUAGUUUUGUGGAAUGUUGUACAGACGAAUAUGUCUCUCCUGAUAUUGAUAAGUUAAAUGAUAUCCUGAUUAAAGAGCUUUAUGGACAAGAAAUUGCUCGUCAGGCAAUUAUAAAUGCAUUACGUGGACACCUGACAACAAAUCCUCCAAAAGCUUUGUCUAUGAGCUUUCAUGGACCACCAGGAACUGGAAAAACUUAUAUAAGUCAACUGAUUGCCAAGUUCCUUUACAAAUAUGGCGAAGAAAGUAAAUAUUUUCAUUUUUUUAAUGGCCGCAAUGAUUUUCCAUUAGAAUCAAAAGUAGAUGAGUACAAGGAAGAACUUUACAAAAUCAUCAUCAGUGGUUUAGAUAAAUGCGAAAGAUCGAUGUUCGUAUUUGAUGAAGUGGAUAAAAUGCCAGAGGGCUUACUGGAUGUUCUUGUGCAAUUUUUGGAUUAUAACACAUCGAUCAAAUCAUGGAGAUAUACAAGCAGUUCUAUAAACACAAGAAAAGCAAUUUACAUAUUUUUAUCGAAUACAGGCAGUUCUAGGAUUAUUCAAUAUCUGUUAACACUUUGGCAACAGGGCAAGUCGAGACAAGCAGCUAGACUUCAAGACUUCGAAUAUUUAACAAGUGUCGGGGCAUUUAACGAGAAAGGUGGUUUUCACCAUAGUGAUGCGAUACAGUCGAACGUCAUAGAUCAUUACAUACCUUUUUUACCGCUCGAGGAAACACAUGUGAGAAAAUGUCUAGAGAAAGCUUUUAUAAAUAGGGAUGUAAACCCUACUAGUGAAAUGAUCGAGGAGGGAUUAUCGUACGUGAUUUUCGGCCCUCCUCCGCAUAAUCUUUAUGCAACUGCUGGUUGUAAACGAUUAGAACAAAAAGUGGCUUCUAUUAUAUAUGCUAAGAAAACAAAACGUACUGAUCUUUGAAGAUACACAAUGGUUUUCUCCUUUUUAUAUUAACAUUUCAAUAACAUCUAAAUUUUAUUGAUUAUUCUUAUUGGCACAAUCAGAAUUUGUGUAACAGUUAAAAAAAUAGUACGACUAAUUUGUUACAACAAUACACAUAGCGGUCGUUUAUAUUUUUACGUGUGUAUGUUUACAGUUCCGAAGUAGCUAAAAUUUUUUAUCAUUAACAGUACAGAAUUACAUUAUAUACAAUUGAGGCCUGGCAAUUGACUUAAAAAUCUAGUCAUGAAGGAGAAAGCUGUCUAGAAGUAUAAUCAUUUGGCAAUACGUUCUUUUCUGUAUGAUUUCUAAUAUACAGGAACAGACAACUUCGAUCCUUAUGACCUUUUCCUUUAAACAUUAUUCGUACUGUUACAUCGUACUGAAAAAUAAUUAUAACUCUUCGCAUCUAUACAAAUAGGUAAAUAUAAUUGUGUCUGUGAAUUCGGUUCCCGUAUAUGAAUACGUACUUUCUGUUUAGGUAAUUGUGAUAUAGUACAAUUUCAAGGAAACUGCAAAAUAAAUUGUUAUUUUUAUAAUGA